GACCCGGAUCCGGUUACGCGGCUACGCUACAGCAGGUACGCUACACGCGCGCCACUACACGUACGGUCGCCGCCCGAUCGUCGUCAUUUUCACCUGUUGAAGCCAGCCACACACACACGUUAGUUACAUCAUGGAUCAGAUGAGCGAGGCCAUAAAGUACCUAGAGUACUAUGGCUACCUGAAAAAGAGUUUGGGUACCAGACCGGAAGAGGAAGUGAAGAAGGCCAUUGAGACGUUUCAGAAGGUAGUCGGCCUGCCAGUCACUGGCGAACUGGACGAUGCCACAUUCCAGAAGAUGGGGGAGGCGCGGUGCCUGCGGUCUGACCCCGCCACCAUGACGGACCCAGACACCCCUGCUGCCGGGGUUAGGCUCGCCCGCUACAGCGUCAAGUGGAACAAGCGGAAACUGACGUACAGAAUCAACAAGUACACCGACGACCUGACCGAGGAACAGGUGGACGACGCCGUCAGGAGGGGCUACCAGUUAUGGUCUAACGUCACGCCUCUGGUGUUCGAGAAAACCUCGGAACACUCCGACCUCGAGAUGUCGUUUGAAGUGUUUGGCCACGGGGACUCGGACCCCCUGGAUGGGCCGGGCGGGACCCUGGCACACGCCUUCUUCCCCGGGCCGGGCAUCGGCGGGGAUGUGCACUUCGACGACUCCGAGACUUGGACCGUGCGCUCUUUCAGAGGCACAAACUUGUUCAUCGUCGCGGCGCAUGAGUUCGGGCACAGUCUGGGGUUGGACCAUUCUGACGUGCAGGGUUCUCUCAUGUUCCCGAUCUACCAGGGGUACACGCCCAACUUCAAACUGCACCAGAACGACAUCAAGAGGAUCCAGGCUCUGUACGGGAAGAAACCCUUCCGUCCGCCGGUUGUGCCACGCCCCGAACCCCCCACCGAGAACCCGGACAGGACUUGCUGCAUUCUUUGAGAAGCCGCUGGAGGGCGCUAUCGAUAGGUUCUGUAUUGCUGUCCUGAAAUGACGUCAUGGAAGGCUCAUUGCUCACUGUAAUGCUUAGAUGUGCCAAACGCGAUUGUUUUUUAAAAGGUCCCGUAAAAGAGAUGGACACAAACUUGUAUUCUUGGCUCAGUGAACGCUAGACAUCCGGGUAAACGAUACUUUAAAAGACUUACUUCCGGAUUUUUCAUCACUCUUUUGUGCUGUUUUUUAAUAAAGGCUAAAACCAUCAUCUUAUGUUGUCC